AUGGAGCGUUGGUGCAACAAAGUCGCCGUGGUAUCCGGAGCCAGUUCCGGAAUCGGUGCAGCCUGUGUCCGGGCACUGGUCGGGGCUGGAAUGGUGGUUGUUGGGCUUGCUAGACGCCAGGAACGAGUAGAGCAGCUCCGCGAGGAGCUGGCCGGGGAGAAGCAAUCACGACUUCAUGCGAUCAGGUGCGACGUAUCUCGAAAUGAGCAAGUGUCGGAGGCUUUCGAAUGGAUUAAGAAGCAUCUUGGCGCCGUGGACGUGUUAGUGAGUAACGCCGGCAUCAUGGCCACCGGCGAGCUAAGUGGCCAGGAUGAUGCCGAGGCCAUGCUGGCUACGAUGGAGACGAAUGUAAUGGGCGGCGUCUAUUGCAUCCGUGAAGCGUUUCAAUCGAUGCGGGAACGUGGAGCUGAAGGCCACGUAGUCAUAGUAAAUAGUGUCGCUGGUCAACAGGUGCCCAACCUGGGCCCUCAACUGCCGUCUCUCAACAUUUACCCGGCUAGCAAGUUCGCGCUCACAGCAAUGAAUGAGAUCUAUCGGCAAGAGUUCCAGAGGCACAAAACGCUCGUUAGAGUAUCGACAAUCAGCCCUGGGAUCGUUGAUACAGACAUCUUGCCACAGCAAAUCCAGGGGGUCAUUAAACAGCACAUGCCUAUGCUGCAGUGUGCGGAUGUUGCAGAUGCAGUGCUUUGGACUAUCGGAACACCGCCCAACGUACAGGUCCACAAUGUAACCAUAAAACCCCAGGGGGAAAAAUUUUAAUCUUUAUUUAUCGCAAUUCGCAUAAAUAAUUAUUUU